UCUCUGUCACACACACACACACACACACACACACACAGACAUCUCUCUGACAUGGAACUAGGAAAGCAUGAAAAGCAAAGCUCAUUAAACAAGAAUUUAAAGGAGAAAUUGACGCUGCACCCGCUACAACAUGGACAGCAAAUUGGAUCCAAGGACCUAGGCGUGACCAGCUCACUGAGUUUCCUUAACUCAGGACAGGUCCCUUCUGGUGAUUCUGGAACCAAACCUUUGAUCUUCACAUUUGUCCCAACUGUCAGAAGACUACCAGCUCACUCUCAGAUUGUUGAUGCCUCUAAAUUUCUUGCUAAAAUUGAGGAGGAGCCAAGAGAUGAAAACAUCCGAGAAACUAUAAAUAGGUCCAAAGCAUUCUCUGACUCAACCUCAACAAGUGGAAUUGGACAAGGCAGCAGCAUACAGACAACUGCCCAUUACACUGAUACCAGUCAAAAGAUUUUCCAGGGGCGAAGAUUUAAAUCAAAGCCAGAAGCGAUGGAGCAGGGUGACCUCUUCAAAGCAGAGUAUGUCUUUAUUGUGGACUCUGAGGGGGAAGAAGAAGCCACUUCUAGAAAUGAUAACAAAAUAUCCAGCCAUGGGGACAACCACAGAUCCCUGAGACCCCAGUCACUGGAUCUUCCCAAGUCUCCUGUGUGGGGGGCAGAGGUACCCAAAAAGCCUGCUAUUGACAUCCACUCUCCAUCCAGACCUGAACUUCCUCCUGGCAUAGCAAAUCAACAAAAAACAGCACAGUUAAAUACUUCUGUCUCUCCUUCUGAUCAUCUUUCCUGUAAACCACCUGCUCCCUCUGUUUCUUCAACUAAUUCAAAAGUGCGAUCUGACCUGGAUAACCUGAACCAGUCCUCUAUUCUGGAAGAAUUUCUUGCCAAGAGGCUGUCAGUCGCUGGGUCCUCUGUUCAUGAAACUGCCACGUAUUAUCAAACCACUGCUCACUCUUCACCCUGUUUUCCCUCAAAGGAAGCCACGUCUGAGUUAGCAAGCCCUCUUAGUGCACAACAAUGUGGUUCUAAACCAUUUGAGCCCUCUGUUUCCAAAAAGCCCGGCUCAGAGACAGAAAUCAUAAACAAGACUCCAACUCCAUCCUCACAUUUCACCUGUUCAAGUGAGACUCUAAUCACCACCUCUAACCCCCUUUCCUCAAGUGCUUCUCUGAAAUUUAAUACAUCAUCCUACAUACCUGUCAGAAUCCUCAUGCAUUCACUGUCUCCUAGUCCCAAACCCCUGAAUUCACCAUUCUAUGGGUCUUCUUCCACUCUAUGUAGCAUAAAUAACCCUAGUAGCCAAAUGUCUUCUAGUGGAAAUCUUUCAAAGGCUGGGAUUAGAUCCCCCUUACCAACUCGGCUCUCACUCCUGACUGCCAUUCUUAAGUCAAAUCCCUCACACCGAAGACCAUUCUCUCCUGCGUCAUGUCCUCCUUUCUCUCCCUCUUCCCUGGUCUCAUCCACACUGGCAUUAGAUCAAAAGGCAAACAUAACCCCUCCUACUCCUAAAAAAUCCUUCUCAAGUUUCUCCCUUAGUGCAGAGUCUCCAUACCAGGAAGAACCUCAGCCACCUGAAUUUCCCCACCUAUCCUCACACUUGCCUCAGUUCUUGAAAGCCAGUCCUGACUCUUACGAACCUCUCUUUUCCUUAAAGAAGCACCUUAGUCCUGGGCCGCACACUCCUAGUUUGGCAAGUUCAACUCCUGCUUCCCCUAAGAGGAAAACAGUUUCACCACCACAGUUAAGAACAAGAUUAUCUAGUUCCUCAACCCUUCCUCCUGUCUCACCAAGUACCACUUCUCUCAACCCCACACUCUCCCUUGCCAAGGGAAAACAGGAAGAGGAUCACAGAGGUUCAGCACCUGAAAAACCCAAGAGACUGCAUAAAUAUUCCCCUACUACAUCCUCUCCUGUAUUACAUUCUAACCCUUCUCUUAGCAGAGGACCCACACUGUCCUCCCCAGAAAAGUGUUCCCUUGCUUCAUCAACUCCCUUUGAUCUUGUAUCUAGAUCAAAGGCAGGUCCUUCCCAGCUCCUUACUCAGGAGCUAAAUCUUUUAUCUUCUGCUUCUUCAGAUCUCUCAACCUCUAAGUCUUCCUCACACUCUAAUGCUUCAUCACCUGCUAGAGUUCACUUCAGCUCCCCAGAGCUUAAUUCAUUAUCGUGGCAUCAAAAUUAUACAGAGGAUUACUUGGUCUCUGGGAAAUCCCACACAUCCUCAUUAUUCCCCGGGAGCACUCCUGUUUCAAGCACUGCACCUCACAAACCGCUAACAAGACCCCAGGAGCUGACCUCACUGAAAUUCUUGUCCCUGCAUUCUGACCACGAAAAUAAGAAACCCAAGCAAUACAAGAUCAAGUCAAGCUACAAGGCUUUUGCAGCAAUCCCCACCAACACACUGCUUAUGGAGCAGAAGGCUUUGGAUGAACCAGUGAAGAAAGAAAGUGUCCCGAAGGAUGACAUAUUAGACCCACAUCAGGAGUUGUGUUCCCCUGCACAGCUCAGGCAACAAACUGAAGAGCUCUGUGCUACCAUUGAUAAGGUCUUACAGGAUUCCUUGCAUCAUUUAGAGUCGCCUUCAAGUUCCCUGCAGACAUUAAUGGAUUCAGAUGUGAACAAAAUUCCUUCAACUCUUCAGAGAUCAGCUGGGCGAGAAACCAAAUACGCUAAUCUUUCUCUACCAAUGUCUACUGUGGGUGAGAGUCAACUGACAAAACCUGGGGUUAUUCGUCCAGCGCCAGUAAAAUCCAAAAUUAUUCUGCGAAAAGAGGAAGAGGAGGAGCCCUAUGAACCGAACCCCUUCAGUAAAUACUUGGAAGAUAGCAGUGGUCCUUAUGCUGGGCAAGAGGCUGUUUCUCUUCAUCCUUUAUAUCAGACUAAACUGUUUCCACCUACUAAAUUGCUGUUGCCUUCUCAGACCAUCAUUGGUCCUCACUGUGUUAGCCCUGGACCCUUCAGCCACCUGACAGCCGUCUCCCUGAGUGACAAGCAUGAAAAUUCGCAUUCUUCUUUCAGUCUCAAAGCUCUGUACAAUAAGCUGAGUCAUCCAAUAGUGACUAUUCCAGAAAAUGAAGCUCUCAGCUCUAAAGAGCAAUGAACUGGGAGCAGAAGCUAAAAACACAGUGUCCUUUGGAAGACGGAGGCUAGCCACGCCGGAUUUACAUUUUGCUAUUUGGAUUGACUUCUCCCUUUAUUAACUGCAAUGCAGCAACACUCAUAUAGCCUCCAAAGUACCAUACUUGGGCCAAACAUAGAAUAGAUUUACCUACUGCUUCCUGCAGUGUUGUUACAGCUUUUAUGCCUACUGACAACUGACAUAAAUAAUGACAAAACCAUAUUAUGAAUGAAAUAAAAUAGCUUCACAUGUAACUUGAAA